GCUAACAAGUUGGGGAUACGAGAAGUGGUCCUCGCCAAGUGAAGUUUGGGGUAUUUCUCCAGGUCAGUUACCAGUACAGGUGCAGAACUUGUUGGUGCACUCAGCAAUUGGCUAUGUAGCUACUCGUCAUAUAAAGUGAAGCAAAAUUAAUCAUCUGUGUGGGAAUAAUAAAACUUUUUUUCGGUGGAACCCGUCUAAUUUAGAAUCGACUCACAGGGCAUUAAUUACGCCGCAGCCAGCCGCGUGGAGGAUCAUCAGUUAGUGGUGGAUCGUCGAGCUGCGGAGCUCCGGAGUCCGGGUACAGUACUCAGCUCUGCAAGUGUUCGUAAACCAAACGGCCUCAGUCUGUCAUGGUCUGAGGUUAGCCUUGUGCAAAUCUGUCAACAAAACUGGGUUUUGGCCAUCUUGCUUUAGCAUCUUGUACCAACUAUCACGCCCAGUUUAGCACAUGUUGUGCUCAGCAAAUUUCACACUGUGUUUAUUGAAUGACUUGUGAACUUGUUUACUGUACGAGCUGAGUGAGACUGAGAGAAUACAAAAUCAUACGGCAGCUAACUUUUUUUACACUCGACAUUCAAAGACUUUUUGUAGCAGAUGGGCAUGGAGGAAACUAAUACUGCUUCUUCUUCUACUGCUAAUGCUACAUCUACUCCUGCCAGUAAUAACACCAAAGCAAAGAUGAAGGUCUAUAAGAUUGUAUUACUUGGACAGGGAGGUGUAGGGAAAAGUGCUUUGACACUUCAGUUUGUGACACACAGCUUCCUAGAGUACCACGAUCCUACGAUAGAGGAUGCGUAUCUUCAGCAAGCUGUCAUCGAUGGUGAAGUAGGUCAGCUGGACAUCCUAGAUACAGCUGGACAGGCCGAGUUCACAGCAAUGCGUGAUCAGUACAUGAGGAGGGGUGAGGGAUUCAUCAUCUGUUAUUCUAUUACAGAUAGGAGGAGCUUCCAGGAGGCUGCAGAGUUUAAGAAAGACAUUGAAAGAGUCAGAAACAGAGAGGAUAUACCUAUUGUCCUCGUCGGAAACAAGUAUGACCUUGAGCAAUAUCGAGUGGUUCAACCUGAAGAAGGCCAUGCCUUGGCUCGGGAGUUCAACUGUCCUUUCUUUGAGACUUCGGCAGCUCUGAGGCACUUUGUGGACGAUGUCUUCCACACUCUUGUCAGGGAAAUCAGGAAGAAGGAACGGGCGGAGAUCCAGGCACUGGAGAAGCGGUCAAAGAGAAAGAGCCGGGGCAUGAGUCUGCACAAGAUUGCCAGGAGAGUGUUCAAGAAGCAACAGAGCGGGUCGUCAUCGUCGUGAGCCAAUAACUGACAGAGUAAAUUAAUAGGAGAUCAGAGACUCCCCUCCGCCUAGCACGCUCUAUCUCUCAAUCUCUCUCCCUGUAUUAUGUGUGUGACUCAAAGCUAGGGAGUGGCAGCCUGUGAUGCAUCUGUGGUUUGUGUGUCACCCCAAGUAAAUCAUUGAACGGCUUCGUUGUCAUCGUGCGAGAGAUGCGGCGCCCCCCAUGAGGGAAGCACAUCAUCAGAGACCUUGUGAAAGGACAGAACCCCUGUGAAGUCUGCCAUCCUGGAUAAUUAACCAGAGUAUAUUAAUGGUGUUACAAAGAGGCUCCACAAACGCAAUCCUCAAGCCCCUUACCAUGGCCGUCUACUGUGUGUCACUGAAAUGGCAAGGAACUUGACACCUGUUGAACAGAUGGAAAUGUUAAGUGAAAAACAAAAGGUCAAAAGGUUGCCUAACUAAAUACAUGAAAGUGAAGAGAGAAACAAAAACAAUGACAAAAAUAUAUGCUGCCCAGCUAUCUCCAAAGUUACAGACUCUUGAAAAUAUUGGGAAAAGAGCCAGAAUUUUUGAAGGUUGAUGGGACUUUCAGUUUCAGAUGAAAAUGCUGCAACAUGUUUAGUAUGAAAAGAAUUCCCUCAGAGACUGCUCGAGGAAGUGAAUGCCUGUGGGGAUGUAUAUUCUAAAGAAUGGGUUCGUCAGAACAUUUAAAGACAUUUUGAUAUUG